UGCUCCCAAUCUCCCCCGACGUCCGCAGCAGCCACGGCCCCGCCGAGCCGAGGAACCCACCGAACCGAGCCUCGAGCGUGCCUGCGGGCCCGCAUCUCUCCCCUCGCCCCGGUGGGUGGCGCCGCGCCCGCGCGCCCAUAAAAACCAAACCCCACGACGCCUCGCCCUCUCCUUCGAUCCCCCCACCAAGUCGCCCGCCGCUGGGGGAGCCGAUACGGGACUAGGCCAGCCGAUUCAACCCCGCAUCCGCAUGCGCCCGCGGCCGCAGCGCGUCGCCACCUGAGCUGCGGACACCCCCCGGGGCCGGAACCCGGAGCGCGCGAUGGACGAGCACCGGACGCGCCGGUCGCCGGCGGGCGAGCGCUUCAUGGGGAUGUUCUCGUCGCCGUCGACGCCCUCGUCGUCCCCGACGGAGCCCUCGUUCGUCGCCGGGGACGAGCUCCACGAGGACGACUUCCUCUUCUCGUCGCCGGACGCCGCCGCGCCUGCGCCGGCGCCCGGGAGCCCCGGUCGGGGCGCGCCGCAGCAGGGGCACCUCGGCCUCCUCGCCGCGCUGGCGAUGCACGAGGGGGACAGGCGCCUCCUGGUCCGCGGCGCCGCCGGAGGGGGAGCGACGGCCGCCGCGGCCGCGGUCAGCGCGGGGACGCUGCUCCGGCGCAAGGCGACUAUCGCGGCGGCCGCCGCCUCGGUCUCGGCCUCGGCGGCGGCGACCGGGAGCGGGAGCGCUCUGUCGCCCGCCCAGUCCCCGAACUCCGCCGCGCGGGCCAUCCCGGCGACCGCGAGGCCGAAGAACGUCACGCCAGCCCCGCCGUACCACCAGUCGGCGCCCGUGAGGGUGCCCGUCCGGCCGCCCCGGAAGCCGGACAUUGGCCAGUGGGAUGAAUUCGUCGACGACGACGACGACUUCCGGCGCCGCGACGCCGCCAUGCUGCCCCCGCACGAGAUGGUCGCCCGCGCGUCCGCUGGUGGGGCCGGGCCGGCCGCGCCGUUCUCCAUGCUCGAGGGCGCCGGGCGCACGCUCAAGGGCCGAGACCUGCGGCGGGUGCGCGACGCCGUGCUUAGGCAAACCGGAUUCCUCGACUGAGUCCGGCAAGGUGAUGUGGCUCUGGCCUUUUGUUCAGCACCGUGUGCUCAGAGUCGUAGAUUUGUAGGGUAUAAUUGUAGAGGGUUCUUGCUGUAGAUCGAGAAACAAAGCGGGGAGGUAAGGUAAAAAGGUUGAGCUUUUGAUACAACUGCUUGCAAUUUUGGUGUUCUUGGAUGUGUGCAUGUCAUAUUACUGUAAGCUUCAGCAGUAGUAAGAACUGGUCGUAUGUCUGGGUCUCCGUGAGCUCUGUGUAAUUCAGGAGGAAAGAGAUUUUUUUUUCUUUGUCAAGGUUGUGUUUAGGUGUAUCUAUCAACUAUCGUCAUGAUUGUCAGAGACCUAUGGUUUUUCGUUCUUACUUCUUAGUGAAAAAUUUGUCAGUUUUGUUUCUUA